AUGGCGACAGGGAAUGAGCUCGAUUUAGCCGAAGAAAUGGCAAAUUCCUCGCCGGAACAAGCAAUGGAAUUACUUUCCUCUAUUGGUGGGUUACGGCUAUAGUAUUCAAGGCUAGCCUAAUGUUCUUUUUCUAACGAAUGGACUCAAUAUUUCAAUGAGAAGUAAUUGGGGGUCUCAUGGAUAUACUGUUUUUCAAUGUCUUUUAGUAAAGCGUGACAUUCGCACCGGAGAUGAAGAGGGAAUCAAAAUGAAAGAGCAAGCCAUUUUAAAUCUUGGGAAUAUGCUGUCGAAGCACGGAAAAGCAGAGGGUAUGAAAUAAACCUUCGUUCAUUUUUCCUUCAAAAUAAUUAUAAUAACUGACAAUUCCUGACAAUUCCAUGGCCACUCUCUCAUAAUUAACGUUUCAGAAUAUGACUUCCUCGUAGUACCAGUGAUUUCAAUGAAAUUAGGUUCAGAGGGGUAGUUAAGAACAGCAGGCCGUUAGUUUUGAAGGCCAGGAGGCCUUUGUUUCCAAGGGAAGCAUGUUGUGUUUUGAGUUGGUUCAAUUAAGGCUCUCUGUUUGUCCGAGUGGUCUAGCAAUUUAAAAAUAUUUAGCUUUAUCUUAAGAGUACAGUAAACCUUUGUGGAAAGGUUACAUCACUGUAAUCAGCAAAUUAAGCCAGCAACACAUCUGGCAAUUUUUGCUAAUCACAGCAAUUGGCCUAAAUUGCCUACUGUGCCCAGUGCAGCAACUGCAUUUUUCCACAGAUCAUCACAGUAUGGGUGCACAAAAUCACCAAUAUCUGACAUGCAAGAUAUCUGGGAUUUUUUACACCCAUCACAGUGAUCAAAUAUGCCACGAUCAGCCAAUAAAAUUGCCAGGUGUGUCAUCAGCUUAAGAAGUAGAUUGAUCUUCCCCUGCUUUACAGCUGAUAUUGAAACCUCUAAGUAUGUCCUUUGAGGACCACUCUAAGUAACUAUCAUCUGAUCUGUUCAUUAGAACUGGGAGGACUUAUCAAGUAUAUUCGCCCAUUCCUGAAAAUGGUAUCAAAAGCAAAGGCUGCCAAGCUUGUUAGGAACCUGGUUGAUUUGUUUCUUGAUAUGGAAGCAUCAACUGGCAUGGAGGUAGAAACUGUAGUUUACUGCUGAUUUAAAAAAUAAGUGAGAUAUGACAAGCACCCUUAUUUGACAAAAAACUAUUGUGUAUUGCUCUGAUAGACCCAUAAAAAAGUUAACUCAAUUUUACAAAAGUAACAGGUGGCACUAUAUAUUGAAAAAAAAGUUUGAGAUCACUCACCUUGAGCCCUGAUUUAUAAGGUAUUUUCAUGUUCUACCAAAAUCCUGUGUGGGUUAUUGCACCUGUAAACCAAUAGAAAGAGUGUUUUUUUUUCCUGAAAUAUUAUGAAUCCUUUAUCUCAUCAUUCAAGGAUUAUGGUUUUGAUUUGAUUCUCAAACUCUACUACAAGUUAAUGGUGAAAACAAUUGUAAAUGUAAUUUUAUAUUCUCCUGUGAAAAGGUUGAGCUCUGCAAUGAAUGUAUUGAUUGGGCCAAAGAGGAAAAAAGAACAUUUUUACGACAAGCUCUUGAGGUUUGUGUUGUUUAAUCUAAAUGAUUGCAAUUUAAUGUCUAUUAUACAUGUAUCUGACUGUGAAUCUCAGAGAACCUUGAACACCAAAAAUAUCAGUGGAAUUUUUCUUCUGUUUCAAGGAAAGUGCCAUCAAGCAUUAGACUAAACCACAGAUAGUAAUGGUAAUUAAUUUGGGGGUUUUAGGUUUGAUUUAUUGUUUUGAUAGUGACUGUUAAGAACUCAACUGAUCUCUUAGGAGCACAUCAGUAUCUUCCCAGUUUUCUGAGUUUCAAAAUAAACCAAACUCCAGAUUCUGAUUGGUCCUUACAUCUAUUUAUUUUGCAACACCUGUUUUUGGAUAUUUUUAGAUGCUGGUUAUUAAUAAAAAGUAGAACAAAUCAAGAACAGGCUGACUUGUAAACUUCACAGAAAAGAGGGAAACUAAAUUUUUUCCCUGAUUUGAUUUUUUUUAUUUUUGCUUUACUUAUAAACAAAAAUUCAAAACAUCGAGAUUUGUCAGUCAUUUUAUCCUUUCUGGGAAAUUGACUGAUUAGUCUUGACUGCUCUUGAUCCAGUUUUCAAGGUUCAAGUCCAAAGGCAUAGGGCUAGUUACUUACAUGAGGUUUCACCCAAACCACGGUUUUAUCCAGGCAGUGGGCCUUAUGUAAUCUUUACAAGAGGAUUGUUGUAAUUAAAUAAAUGUCCUUCCACUGCUAGCCUCUGGCCUUCUUGACACUGUUUACAAUUAUAAUAAAUGCUUAGAUAAAAGAUUCAGCUAAAUUCAAGGUAGCUUAGAAUGCUGUUUUGUUCAUCGACGGCUAAACUUUGUUUAAAUAACCAGCCCAUAGUUCAGAAUGUGGGCUAUUGGUGAUGAUUUUUAACUUGAGGCAUUGUCAUACUUAAUUUAUUCUAGUGUGUCUUGAUUAAAGUACUGGUAAAUGAGGUACAGUGUAAAUCAUUUUGGGGUAUCCUCCAGUUUUGUCAACUUGAAUAAUAGAAAUGGUGUUUUUUUGGUAGUAUUUACUUGCCCACUUUGUGUUACUUUUCAUUUCAGGCAAAACUGGUUGGUUUGUAUUUGGACACUAAAAAUUAUACCAAAGCACUGCAAUUAGGUAAGUAUACAAGCACUGACUGAAUUUUUUAAAUUUCCAUUUAUAUUAUGAAUACCUAUUUCUAAGCCACAAAUGACUUGAACCUUGUAUUGACUGGUGAUGAGGUCUGAUUGUACAGUAGAAUAUAUUCCUGAAAAGGACUGUUGUUAUUAAGAAUAAGUGAUAUUUUGACAACCUGAGGUGAAGUCACCAUCAGAGACAGGUGACUCAAUUCUUACUCUGAUGAUAACCUAGUUGAAUCUUAUGGCGACUUUUUCCAAGGGUGGGGAAACAUCAGUCAGUGUUACUGUCAUUCUGACAAUCUGACCAUAUGGUUGCCUCUAUAACUACAGUAUAACAACAAUAGACAUCAGGUACUCCAAGGUGAUGAGAUGGGAAGGUUUAUAAAACGUGGUAUUUUACAAACUGAGUAUCUAAAGAACAGGGGUAUUUGUCCUUUCAAAGUUUGUUUUGCCUAUUUUCACUUUGAAUAUCAUCCUUAAACAGGUUCAAAACUCUUAAAAGAGCUAAAGAAACUUGAUGAUAAGGCGUUACUUGUUGAAGUACAGUUAUUGGAAAGCAAGGUUUACCACAAUCUUAGCAACAUUCCUAAGUCAAGGUAAAGUAUUUUGGUGUGUUUGUUGUGUUUUUUUUCGAGAUGUUUUUUGAUGGUAUCCUUACCAAAUUGAUUUCCCCUUGAAAGUACCAGAAGUACUACUGAAAGCAAGGGCAGCAACCCUGUAAAUCCGUGUUUGCAGUGAAAAAGAAAAGUUUAUACAAAUAAGCAAGUAAUUGUCAUUCCACUUAUUUGCUGUUGAUUUAACCUUACCAAGUGCAGGACUACCUCAGCGUGGUCAGCCAUUAAAUUUAUAUUAUAUACUGUCUUCACCUUCCAUUAAUUUUUAUUUGUAACACAGAUUAGAAAAUUGUUGAAAAUACCGGAAUAUUAAUAUAUAAGCCUGCUGAAAUCAUCUGUAAUGAUUUUCCUGUAUUAAGCUUGUAAUGUUGUAGGGGAUUACCAAUAAUUGACUUGUUUUUAUGAUAUAUUCAAAUAGGGCUGCUCUUACAUCAGCAAGAACAACAGCUAAUGGCAUUUACUGCCCUCCGAAACUACAGGCAUCACUAGACCUGCAAUCAGGUACUUAGUAUACAGUAUUCUCAUUAUACCUACUUCUACUGUUGUCCAGGUUAUAUAAUUAUCUUCUUACUGACUAAGCAAGAGGGCUGUACUGGGGAAUAUUUGCCCUAGGUCAUGGCAUUACAGACUGAGUGCAAUGAUGUCCAUACACAAGCAACAAACAGCCAAUAUCUCUAAGUAGUGCUUGAGUAAACAAAAUAAGUACUUGUAAGUAGUUUAUUAUAUGGCACUCGAACCAUAUUUGAUUAUUUUGAAUUUGCUAGCUUUCAAAACCAAAAAUACAUGGAAACAGUGUGUAUGGCAAAAUAUGGACCAAGUAAGAACCAAUCAGAACACUCAGAUUUACCUCAGGACUACCUUACCAUAUAGUAAGACAUAUUAUUCAGCAUCAGCUGAACCUUCCUUUUAACAUGUUGCUUUUCACCUCAGGUAUUUUACAUGCUGAAGAGAAGGACUUUAAGACUGCAUACUCUUACUUCUAUGAAGCAUUUGAGGUACAUUUAGUAAUUGAUGAUUUGUGAUGAAAGGUGGAGGGAGUAUAGAAUGUAGUACAGUUAAUGAAAGCAGAUAGCUAUUAAUCACCACUCUGACAAAGGGCUAAUGCUCAAAAUUUCAGCUUUGAAACUCUUUAUGGUAGCCAAUGUACAUUAUGAACUAAACUGAUAAUACUAAAUUACUCUGUUAUACUCUCCUACCAAUGCAGUACCACAGUUUCUUUAGAAACUUAUCCCCUUUAUUCAUUUAGUUUUAAUCACUACCACUCUGACAAAUCCAGUUUUUCAUCUUUUCAUAGGAUCACUGUUUUAAGGGGGUUGGAAACAGUUCUGCGAGACAAAUACAGACUAUAUUCAAAACACUCAUAAACCUACUUUCACUCUUCCCAGUCAAACCAGUUGAAUCCCAGUUAUUAUUCUUAUGUUUAGGGGAAAAUCCAGGUAAAAAGUUUUUGGGGAUGGUCUCAAAAAUUAUGGGACAGAUUUUCUCACAACUGUAGGAUUUUUUUUUUUUUUUUUUUUUAGAUACAUGUAAGGCUUUGCUGCAGAGUGAAUUUUGCGAUAUGUUUAUUUUACUACUGUUGCUGAGUUAUUGGUUAAUGUUAUUGAUGCUGAUCCAUAUACUCAUUUUUAUCUUAGGGCUUUGACUCUAUUGACAACCCUAAAGCUGUAUCAGCACUAAAAUACAUGCUUCUGUGCAAGAUUAUGCUGAACAGGUAGGUUUAGGUAGAGUGUAGAAUAAAAAGAACCCAGCCAGAAAUAAUUACAAUAGACAAAUAAGGUGAAAUGAUGUUAUGAAUAUUUUACCAAUGGAAACUCAAAACAAAUGCAUGUUUUCCUUGUUGCUUAGGUCCAAUUACAGGAAAACUUGUGUGACCCAAUUGCUGCUGAUUUCAAUUCUACAUCCACUUGGUUGAAUGGAUAUGGGAGACUAACCAAGCCUUUCAUGUAGCUUGAUAACAAAAAUCAAGGAUUCAGUUGCAAUCCCCAGUGAAAGAUUGCUCAAUUUUCCCAUGUUAGUGGAAAGUCAGCUGGCAACUGUGACUGUCACAGUGGUGGAGCUAUUCCCCUCCCCCCUCCUCCCCCCCAUUUGAACUCAGUUAGUUUUGCUUUCGCAGCAUACAAGUCAAUUAACCUCUUGAUUGAUCGGUGUGUAAAUUUUCAUAGCACUUCUUGUUCAUUGUCGAGGAAGACAGGUCAUGAGAAUUCAGAAAAUUAUUGACUCAACAAAAUUGUUUUGAUGAAAAAAUUCAGCCCUUCCUUAAAAAGUGUGUUUUGCUUUCUUGUUUGGGGAAUUAGCAUAAAGAUCUUUGGAGUUGAUUUGGAAUUAGCUACUUGAAAAGAUUUUACUCAUAAUAUACUGUACAAAAGGCACCAGACAUUUCUUUUCUCAUUUAUUUCAGCCCAGAUGAUGUACAAUCAAUAAUCAGUGGAAAACUAGCACUGAGAUAUUCUGGAUCACAGGUUUGUAGCCAUGCCCAAUUAUCAACGUUUUUUUUUUCAUUUUUGUUCUAAUCUUCAGUCCUAAGUCCAGGUUUAACAUCGCCAAACAGUGACAUACCUCGCAUAUUUUUUUACAGUUAGUCGCCAUGAAAAGUAUUGCUAAUGCAAGCCACAACAGGUCACUGUCUGAAUUCCAGCAGGUGUGGUAGCUUUUUUCAUUGUUUGCAGUUUGGUUUUGAUUUCCCCCACUAUUAAAAUAAUGUUUAAUCACUUUGAAAUGAACUUUUAAAAAUUCUACCAUGAUAUCCUAUGUCUUGUUGUCAUUUCAUAAUAAUCAUCAUUCCCUUCCCUUAAGAUUUUGAAUUUCUCAUUAAAAAAAUUCUGUUAUUUUGUUGUUCCUUCAAAGGCCCUCAACACUUUCAAACAGGAACUCACUGAAGAUCCUAUCAUUAGGGUAUGUACAAAAAUGAAAGAAAAAAGUUGCAUACUGGCAAGACAACCAUAAGGCUUUUGCAGGAACACUUAUCAGUUAACUCUUACCAUUUACUCCCCAAAAUCAAUAUGCAUAUUCUCCAUACUGUUCUCUGUACAUUUCCAAAGGUGCUGACAAGGAGAAUUUGUUCAACAAUCAUGAACUUCUUUUGAUCAUUUCCUUCAUUCUCGUGAUUUAAAAGUGUGAUUUUUGAGUGAUAUUGGAAGGAGAAAUUAGAUGCUGGUCUCUCUUAGUGGUUAAAGGGUUAAUAGAGUAGAAAUUGAAAAGGACACCAGAUAAGCUGAGAGCCAUUCAGUGUUUCAAGCUGUGCAAACGCGUGGAUAAACCUUUCACUUCCACAAUCUUUUUUGUAAACCUCCAGGGCCAUGUUGUUCAAAGCUAGGUUAAGAUAACCCAGGGUUAGAGUGAAAUCUGACCUCAGAUCUGAAAGCUUUAAAGGCGUAUUCGGUAAAUUUAUUUUUUCCUAUAAUUUGAUGCCUGGAUGUUCUAAAAAGAAUUGAAGAAAUUAUCUGAAAUAGGCCUUUGAAGAAGGGAAUAAAGAAACCCAGAUUAAAACUUAACCCUGGGUUGCUGCUAAUCGGCCUUCAAACAACUGGGUACAGAUGUUUGAUUUCUUAAAUGCUCAAGAGAAUUAGCAUCUAUUCUCUCCAUCUGUAUGGUGAAUUGAUAAUGGACAUUUCAAUGACAAGUUGCAUUUGUUGCUCUUUUAACCCUUCAACUGUCAGAAGUGAUUAACAUGUAACUUCUCCCUAUAAUAUCCAUACACUAUCCAGCAAACAGGUAAUGAGAAUACUAAAGGCCUAUUUACACGGUAAGACUUUGUCGCAUGCGACAAGCUUAAGACAGGCCUACGACAUGACUUAGGACAAUUUACACGCGCACGACAUUUUCACCUACGACAUGCCAAAAUCGCGUGCAAUUCCACUCGUUUCGGCCGCGGUCAUUGUUUCAAUAAUUUGCAAGAGAAGGAAAAGAACCUCUUCCUCGCUCCACAGUGAUAUCAUAUUCUCUGUUUCCUCAUCUGAGAAUGUAUUUUUCGCUUUGGAAGCAGUCUUCGACUUUCCGGAGGCGACUUCCUCCGCCAUUUUGACGCAAGAAAAUUUCACCUUCCUCCCCUACUCAGUAGAAAUUUGUCACAAAAUAUGUCAUUUUCUAUCAAUUUCGGCUACGAUUGUCGCAGCGUUUUAAAACAUGUUUUAAAAUCCUACGACAUUUUUCGUGACGUGCACGACAGUCGUAAGCGAGUGGUAGGUUUGAUUUACACGAUACAAUUCGUGUCGUAGGCCUGUCGUAAGCUUGUCGCAUGCGACAAAGUCGUACCGUGUAAAUAGGCCUUAACACUUAUCAAGAGAAAGUUUUAUCUUGAUCUAACACCGUAUUCUCAUAACUGAUUUUCAAGGAAAUUUGUGGGGACUAGAGGGAAGAAUUUUAAAACAAUCAGAUCUUGGGAGUCAAAGGGUUAUAAGGCCGAUCCUGACAUUUUUCAUGCUUUGUGUGUCAUAUUUAUCUUUUGUAAUGGUACAUCUUAUUUUAUUUUUGUUUUCUUUUUGUUUUUUUUUUCCUUUAGACCCACUUGGAUGCACUUUAUGACAACCUCCUGGAACAGAACCUCAGUCGGAUUAUUGAACCAUUUGCUCGUGUUCAGGUAUAUAUUUUUUUCUUUUAUUUUUGGCCACUUCAGAUUGGUACUCACAAGUGUCUCAGAAGUUACCAAAUGUAAGUUUAAUUUUUAAUGAUUAACUUACUGUCUUUUUCCCCCUCAGAUUGAUCAUGUCGCAAAGCUCAUUGCACUUCCAUUGGUAUGCAUACCACUUAUUGUAGUAUUUUAUGAUGUUUUCCUCUUCGGAUAUUAACGGUAAUUCAAGCUUCUGAUCGAUAAUAUGCUGAAGUAAUUGAAGGGCCUGACUUGAAACCUUUGCUGGCUUUUGAAUAGACACUCGAGAAAGAAUGAACUGCGUGAGACAGGGUGCAAGGGAAGAAAAUGCAGGUUAAGAGCUUUCGCGGGAACCGUAAGGUGCUAUGUCUGCUACGUUGCAGUAAUACAUAACUUGAGAUGUCAUACGUGACAUCAUGCUCCACAUGCCUUACCACAACUUUCACCCUCUUUUUUUGGCGCUCUUGGGCUUAAUUUAGUCGAGGCCUUUUAUGAACGUAAGUUUCCUUUAUGUUAUGUUUUAUUUGCAGAAUGUGGUUGAAAAAAAACUCUCUCAGAUGAUUCUUGACAAGAAACUUCAUGGUGAGUUAACUGUGCUUCAACUCUUUUGAAACAACAAAAAGGUUGUUUUCACCAUUUUUUAUUGAAUUGUUUUUGAGAAAAGUGCUUAAAACGGCUAAGCUUCAGGGGAGCUUUGUGUGUGGAUGGACUUGAUUACAGAUUAUAUCCAACCAAAUAAGUGCCAUUCCUUUAUGAAAAUUCUCUUCAAAGAUUGUUUACCUUGUCAAAAUAGUCAUUUUGAUGGCGAUCUUCGAAGGUUUCACGACGUUAUGAAUCUAAAAUUUUGAUUCUUGAUUACUUACUAAGCAAUAUUAUUCUUAACCGAUUACUAAGGUUGGUAAAGAUAUGCCAGGCACUUGCAUGGGCCUUCUUAAACAACCUUCUCUCGUUGUCCAAACGGCUAAAUUGUCUCGUCUUGUGUUUCAAUUUUUCUUUGAACUUUUUCAUUUUUGUGAAAUUGCAGGAAUUCUUGAUCAAGGUUCUGGAGUGUUGGUCGUGUUCGACGAGACCCCAGUUGAUAAAACUUACGAAAACACCCUGGAACUGAUUCAUGAAAUGGGAAAGGUUGUGGAUGCGUUGUAUAGUAAAGCGAAAAAGCUUCAAUGACUCCGUCAUUAUUUAUAACACAUGUAUGUAGUAGAUGCGGAAUAUUCUCCACUUUGACCUUUAUAGUGAAACUUCAAAAUAAAAAUGUC